AUGGCCGCCGUCAAGACUCUUCCCACUGAUGUCAGCAAAGUUGGUGCUGAGGGCAAUGUCAAGCUCUUUGGGCGAUGGGAGGCCCAUGAAGUUGAGUGCAAGGAUAUCUCCUUGACCGACUACAUCCAAAUCCGUCACGCUGUCUACCUCCCCCACACUGCUGGCCGUUACGCCAAGAAGCAGUUCAAGAAGGCCCAGAUGCCGAUUGUUGAGCGUCUCGUCGACAGCUUGAUGAUGAAGGGCCGCAACAACGGAAAGAAGUUGAUGGCAGUCCGCAUCGUCGCACAUGCCUUUGAGAUCAUUCACCUCCUUACCGACCAGAACCCCAUCCAGGUCCUUGUUGAUGCUAUGUCAACACCGGCCCCAGGGAAGACUCGACUCGUAUCGGCUGUUGCCCUCUUGACGAUCGGCACUCGCGAGAGCGCGUUCCGUAACGUCAAGUCUGUUGCCGAGUGCCUUGCUGAUGAACUCAUCAACGCAGCAAAGGGCUCUUCCAACUCGUAUGCCAUCAAGAAAAAGGACGAGCUCGAGCGUGUUGCCAAGUCUAACCGGGACUGGAUCGAUCAGCCAGAGCAAGCGCCGAAACGGGCAGGCGUCCGAAUCAAAGCGAGAAAAGGCGCCGUCAAGGCGCAAGCUAAACACGAACCGAGCGUCUUUCGCGACCAAGUAUACAAAUAUCUCGAACCUGUCCAAUCCGGGGACUUUGAAGGCUAUACAAAGGAACUCGUAGCAGCUGGUGGAACACUCGAAUAUCUCAAGUAUGCAGACGCGUUGUUUGAAAUCCUCAUCGUCGGUGGGCUCCUCCAGCCCGGCGGAAACUUUCUCGAUGAUGGCGCACCCAAGUCACCGUUCUCGGUCGCCAACGUUCCGGAGCCUGUUCAGAUAGAUGAAGUCAAGAAAUACGUCGAAGUUUUCAAUAAGCUUAUUCGUAGGUACAAGUACCUCCAACGGCCACUCGAGGAGUCGUCUCUCCCAACUUUGAUGCAAUACAUGCAUCGCUGGCCUCCCGAGCAAAAAGACAAAGUCGCGAUCGCAACGGGUCUCAUGAUCUCCCAAGGUCUUGCGUCUGCGAGUUGUCUUCAAACACUUACCAAGGACAGCAUCGUCAAGGAUGGUGCCGCCCUGUCCAUCGUCACGUCCGUCUUCCGAGUUAUCUUGGCCGAGCAGACGAUGGAUCACUUGUCUAGCUUGCUCAAGAAAGGCGGGAUCAAGGAUCUUUUGCUCUUUUUCCCAGUAUCUAAACGCACGGCCGACGCGCUUUUGACUCACUUCAAAGAAGCAAACCUCCCGCAAAUCUCCGACUGGUACACCAAAAAACAAACAUCGGCGCUAAAGACACAGCUCAUUGCCCAGCUCAAGGAAAUGUGCGAAAACGAAGAGCCGCCUGAGGCGAUCAUCACGGCAAUUAAGGAACACCAGGCAGCUCUGCCCGAAACGGAACUUGUCCAAGUCAUCUGGCAAGGGCUGAUGGCCUCUGUCGAUUGGUCUGCGCGUGCGGACCAAAUCGAGGGGCUCGCGCUUCGUGAAGUGACGAAAUAUGCUCCUAUCAUCGAGCCCUUCUGCAAUACUGGAAAAUCCCAGGUUGCGCUGAUCAAUGUGGUGCAGGUCUACUGCUAUGAUGACACGCGAAUCAUCAAGGCAUUCCCCCAAAUUCUCAAGGUUUUGUACAAUAAAGAUUGCGUAUCCGACCAGGCGAUAAUCUAUUGGUUCCAGAAGGGUGCCAAACCACAGGGUAAACAGCACUUCCUCAAAGCGAGCGAGCCGCUGGUCAAGUUCUUGCAAUCGCAACAGGACGAGAGUGACGAGGAAGAUGAGGAAUGA